UGAAGGCAUAAAUACUAGCAUGGGGCCAGCCCGACGUGCCAACCCUCUCUGUACAUAUGUAGUGUUAUCUUCGCGUACGCUCGCCUUCGGAGUCCGUAAAGGCCCAGCAUGUUGGGCUACAACACCUCAUUAGGCGCCCGCCGCUCACCAGGCUCAGAUGUAUUGCCCAGCAACCUUUCCUUUGGUUAAGCCUAAUUCGAGGACAAAUGGACUACAACAGAUGUUGGCCCAAGCAUGCAACAAUUCCGCGGGGGUGGCGUCGUAAAAAGGGACAGUCGACAGGGUCGCUUGCCGUCUCACACGAAACAUGCCCGCAUGACGAUCAGGACAUAUCCCGCUGCCCUUUCUUUCCCAGUUAUUAUCCCUUUCAGUCGCAUGUGCCUUCGCUCUGGGCUAUUCACGCAAUCACUCUCGUCGACACUCGCACCAUGACGGCCAUACCACUGUCAGUCAACCCCAAGGGGAGGGCUAUCAUCAUCGUUCUCGGUGUAUUCCUGGCACUGGACUUUCUCUUCGUCUUGGCCAGAUACUGGGCCCGUCACAUCAAGGGAAGGUCGCUCGAGUUCAAUGACUGGGCUAUGUUUUCGGCUUUGAUCUCUGUCACCGCCCUUUACUUUACUGAAGUCGCGGCUGUGCGCAAUGGUGGCGUCGGUCUGCACGUCAUGGAAAUCGUCAUGCAGUGGGGAGGCAUGGAAACUGUCAUGACGGCUGGAAAGCUCGUGCUUACUGCUGACAUCUUGUGGAAUGUGGCUACGCUGACCAUCAAGAUGUCCAUCCUCCACCUUUAUAUUUCCAUUUUCGGCCUUACCAGCCCCAAGUUCUGUCGCCUCGUAUGGGGGGUGAUGGGUUUCUGCGUCAUCAGCACCAUCGUCUUCGUCGUGCAAAUCCUCGUCCUCUGCCGCCCACUCGCCUUCUUCUGGGAUAAAACCAUCGCGGGGAAAUGUGGCUCUCUACCACUCACAUACCUCAUUCCAGGCAUCAUCAUCACUGUUGAAGACAUUGUCACGUUUGCGCUCCCUAUGCAGCUUCUCUGGAACCUUCGGAUGAAGACAGGCAAGAAGCUCGGCGCAAUCUUCAUCUUUGGAAUUGGUUUCGGUAUCUGCUUGAUGUCUGGUGUGCGCCUAAAGUAUGUCAUUGAGCUCGACACUCAGGAUUUUACUGCAUCCAUCUGGCAGUUUGCAAUUCUGGGCACGUUGGAGCCUAUGCUCGGUAUAAUCAGUGCCUGUAUGCCAGUCAUUCCAUCCAUCAUCGCGCACUACUCCGACCAUCGCGUCAUGGCCUGGAGCCAGAAAGGUGUCAGCAGCGGCGGAACCAAGACCUUCAAAUCUGGGAAAAACGCGUCGGGCCACUCGUCGUCGUUGUCGCAUGAAGAGCACGCUGAAUUCGAACGUCUCAGCGACCAUGAGUAUCCUCUCAUUGACCAGGCUAAGCCAACCAUGGGAACGCAGACGAGGGCAGUUGGGGAUUGGAGUACUGCGGGAUCCGACCGCGUUGAUAUUGAGCAAGGUGCUAUCAAGGUAACCCGCCAAUAUACAGUGAAUUCGUGAUAGAAUGUGUUUAGCAUCUUAUAAAAAAGACAUAUACAAAAAGUGUACAAAGU